UUAGUGCCUCAGCGUAGUGAUGCGGUAGGUGCUGUGCUUUGCGUAUGUUUUGAAUAUUAACGUGCUUUAAUACAACAUCGAAGAGCUGUAGUCACAGACUAGAACUCCCUUUUGAGAGAAUUUUCGAAAGGCCGAAUUUAGCCUUUGCCCCACUCCUGCAAGUAAGUACAAAAAGAAAGCAGGAGGUGGAAUUUAACGAGGCCGUUCUGGCUGUAGAGUGUUGUAGAGAACAGGAGAGACGAGAUGCUGCUCUCUGCAACUUCUUACUGGGAGGGUUUAGUAGAGAAGACGGGGCCAGACUCGUCCCACAUGGAUGCACAGUGAGAGGAGAGGAGGCAACAGGGACUAGCAGGAACUAGCAAAACCUUGGUUAGAUGGAAUUUUUUCUUUUCCACUGUGAGGGUGAUCAAACAGUGGAACGAGGGACCAGGGAGGCUGUGGGAUCUCCGUCGUUGGAGAUGCUCAAAACUCAACUGGGUGAGGCUUCGAGCAACCCGCUUUGAGCGCGGGGUUGGGCUCGAGACCUCUUCCAACCUGAAUUCUCCUGAGAUCCUGUGAUAUCGUGCGUGUAUCUUCACUGGUGUGACUCCCUCCUUUCUCGCAACCCAGGGGAAUGACGAUGACCAGCCUCCUGCCUUCAGCGGGGGACGGAAACUGCUAUUACAUCCUGACAGAAGACUGUGCCUAUGGCAGCAAGUACUUCCAAGCUGGGAACAUGUGCUUCUGCAGCGAGAGAAGCUACCUGCGCAACUUCUCCGAUGACAGGCCCCCGGCUUGCUUCUUGAAAGUCAUCAUGCUGGAUGACAGCUCCACCGUCACGAUAAACGUAGAAAUCCUUCAGCCUGUGCGCGAGGAGAUGGCCGUCUUCCUCCUGGCCGUCAGCAGCCACAACGAACGUUUGAACUACUUCUUGGAGAGGCUGAGCCUCGAAGCAGCUCUGCGGGCCGUGCCAGGCCAAAAAGUGAUGGUGGAGGUCGACCGGCAACAUUUCCCUGGUAUCAUCCGCUACAUCGGGAGCAUUUACAAAAACACGUCGGCUGUGCUGUCUCCGUUCUUCUUCGGGGUGGAGUUACAGGGUGAGGGUGAAAACAGAGGGCGCAGCGAUGGAUCUUAUCACGGCACAGAGUAUUUCAAGUGCAAGCGGAACUGCGGGAUCUUCCUGCCAUUUAGCAGAGUCCAGUUUACUCCCGUGCCGGACGACGACUACGUGAAACAGAAGCCAAAACCGGACACGGAGGAGGGGGUUCCUGUGAAAGUGGGAGAUGCGGUUAGCUUCUACGUGGAUGAGGUCCUCACAAAAGGAAUAGCGAUGGCAGUUUACAGGGAGGGAACGCAAUGGUUCGUUAAAGUUUGCCCGGAAGAAGAAGGAACAACUGACAUUUUCAGAGAAAUCCCUAUGGACUCUGUUGUGAAGGAAAGCUUGCAAAGUUUAUUUUCACCGUUCGAGCCCGACGUGGGCUUGGGACACCCAAGCCAAAUGAAACGAGAGAUAAGCGAGAGCGGUGAGGAGUGUGAAAGUGGGAAUUCAUCCCUGGAGGUGAACUCCAUGGUCCAGAUCACCUUGGACAAGGGAAACCAGGUUUCGGGAAUCAUCCGCUGGUUGGGCUACCUGCCCCAAAUUAAGCACAAAAUGGCAGGAGUUGAACUGGAUGAAGAUAAGGGGGUCACUGCUGGCGAAUGGCUGGGUAAAUACUACUUCCACUGCGCUCCGAAGCGCGGCCUCUUCGUGAAGCUGCAGUCCUGCCAGCCCGACGUUCGCUUCCAGUGUUCGCGCAACAGUGACCUGAGCCUCGUGGAUUACAGAGGGCAGGAAGUUCUUCCACAGGCUCCAGACAGUUUUCCUCCCCUCAGGAACGAGGCAGCAGUGCGUGUCCUGCGAGGGCGGAUGAAGGGGAUUCAAGGCCACUGUAAUUCCUGCUAUAUGGACGCAGCUCUCUUCAGCCUCUUCUCCUGUACGUCUGCGCUGGACUCCAUGCUCUUCAAGCCCUUCCCACUGUGUGACAGGAAUGUCCAGAGCAUUCUGCGGGAUGAGAUUGUUAAUCCCCUUCGAAAGACUGGCUUCGUCAGGGCUAGGAGUGUGAUGCACCUUAGGGAGCAGCUAACUGAAAAGGGCCAGUGUUCAAGCUUUACCAACGCUGAGAAAGAUCCUGAGGAGUUCCUCAAUCUCAUCAUGCAUCAGAUCCUGGGAAUAGAGCCACUCUUGAAGCUGCAGUCAGAAGGCCAGAAGGAGCAGGACUGUUACUGUUACCAGAUAUUUAUGGACAAACAGGAGGAUCUGGUGGUUCCCGACGUGCAGCAGUUAGUGGAACACUCCUUCCUGUCCUCUGAUCUGAAGCUAGUGGAGAUCCCAUCUUGCUUCAUUAUCCAAAUGCCACGUUUUGGGAAGGAAUAUAAAAUGUUCAGUAAAAUCAUUCCUUCCUUGGAGCUGGAUAUAACAGAUCUGCUGCUUGACAGUCCCAGGGAGUGCUGCGUGUGCGGCGACGUCGCCACCCUGGAGUGUUCGGAGUGUUUCAAAGACAAGGUAUUCGCAGCUACGGGCCUGAAGCAGUUCUGCAGCUCCUGCUCCAGACAGGUUCACUCCCACUACCGACGCAAAACGCACAAGCCAACUAGGCUGCACGUCCCGGAAGAGUUUCACAGCCGGAGCCCCCGGGGCAGCCAGCAGGUCCCUCGCGAGAAGAUGGAGCUCUUCGCAGUGCUCUGCAUCGAGACCAGUCAUUACGUCUCCUUUGUGAAAUACGGCCCUGAGAACGAACACUGGAUGUUCUUCGACAGCAUGGCUGACAGGCAUGGUGAUGAAAACGGCUUCAACAUUCCCACGGUAACGCUGUGCCCUGAAGUUGCCAAAUACCUGGACUUGCCACUGGCUGUGCUGGCCCUGGAGCAACCCCGGGACAUGGAUGGAGUGGCCAAGCGCCUCUUCUGCGACGCCUACAUGUACAUGUACCAGAGCAAGAAGAUGGCGCUUUACAAAUGACACUGCUUUGGCCUGGUGCCA